AUGAAGAUCUCCUUUGCCUUUCUUUCUUGUCUUCCGGCUGCUCUGGCACGCCAGCAGCCCCCGACAGAGCUGCGAAGCUACACCUUGAGCACCGUCGAUGCAACCAACCAAUAUGUUCAGAUUUGGAAAAAGCAUAUCGAGUCAUUGAAAGAGUUCAAUGUUACCACCAGAGCUGUUUGGACACCCGAAGGCGACGAUAAGCAAGUCAUGGCCCUGGUUCAAUACGCGAUCGGUGACGACCCUGCCGAUGUCGACGCAGCAUACAGGGCCAGUGAAGCUUUCACCAACGACAUGGUUGGGUUCAACUUCAGCAACUUUGAGAGCAUUGUUUCAACUGUGUUGGAUCCGACUUCGUUCUCUCCGGUUCUUUGA